AUGGCCGCAUCUGAGGUAUUCGAUAUCGACAAGACAGCGGCCAGAACCCCCGCCAAACAAGAUGUGUCGGACCACUCGGCAGAGAAGCAUGAUGGCGACGACGGCAGGCAGGCCGGAGUAAGGAAGAUCGAGGCCGCGGCGUCGGUUUGGUCCAAAUGGCACUUGAUCUUCGCUUUUGCAAACAUAUGGCUAAUUUACUUCAUCCUGUCCAUUAUGGAGGUCGUCUUCCGCACAUUGGACCCUUUCGUCACGAGUGCUUUUUCGCGACAUUCGCUCACCGCGGCCAUGGGCAUCAUUUCCAGCAUCGUCGGCGGUCUGUCCAAGCUGGCCAUUGCCAAGAUCCUGGACACCAUCGGUCGACCGCAGGGAAUGGCGCUGGCGCUUCUCGUCUGGGUCAUGGGCAUGGUCAUGAUGGCCGCUUGCAAGAACGUUGAGACUUAUGCUGCAGCCCAAGUCUUUUCCUCUACAGGGUCUCAGGGCGUGAGCUACUGCCUUACCAUCUUCAUUGCCGACACUACGAGCCUCCUGAACCGACCUUUGAUGCUUGCGUUCGCCACAUCGCCCUACAUCGUCACGACCUGGAUUGGUGGUCCUAUGGCGACCAAAGUUCUCGCCGGACCGGGUUGGCGAUGGGGCUUUGGCAUGUGGGCGAUAAUCACGCCCGUCGUCGUCUUGCCCCUCGUCAUCCUCUUCGGCUGGGAGCAGUACCGAGCCAAGAAGGAGGGAGUCGUGCUGCCAAAAGACUCCACCAAGUCGGCUUUCGCCACAGUGAAGGACUUUGUCAUUGACGUUGACCUUUUCGGCCUGCUGCUUCUUGCCGGCGGCAUGGCCCUGUUCCUGCUUCCAUUUGCGCUAUGGCAAUACCAGGAUGAUGGCUGGCGGAGCGCACUGGUCAUCAGCAUGAUCAUCGUCGGCGGCCUCCUCGUCAUCGCGUUCGUGUUUUGGGAGAAAUAUUUCGCUCCGGUUACGUUCAUCCCAUUUGGCCUACUAACGGAUCGGACCGUAUUCUUCGCCGGACUCAUGUUCCUUUUCGUCUUCGCCAACUCUCUGAUCUGGGGCAGCUACUUUACGUCGAUGCUGCUCGUGGUCUGGAACACGGGCGUUACGAAGGCAACCUACAUCAGCAACAUCUACCGAGUCGGCUCGUGCUUUGCGGGCCUCGUUCUCGGAUACCUCAUCAGGGUUACAGGCCGGUUUAAAUGGGUUGCGACGAUCUAUGCGCUGCCGCUUAUGCUCCUCGGCGUUGGAUUGAUGAUUCACUUCCGGCAGGCUAGUCAGACCGUUGGAUACGUCAUCAUGACCCAGAUCUUCGUGGCCUUCGCGGGAGGCCCGAUGGUCAUCGCCGGCGAAAUGGCCAUGAUGGCUCCUUCGGACCAUCAACACGUUGCCGUCAUCAUCGCGAUACUCGACCUCUUCGCAGCCGUUGGCAAUGCCAUUGGGCGCGCGAUCUCGUCCGCUAUCUGGGCAGGCACAUUCAAGCAGGCUCUUGCCAGGAACUUGCCCGCAGAGGCUCCCGUUGACAGCAUAUACGGGAGCUUGCCUAUCCAGCUGAGCUACGAGCCAGGUUCCACAGAGCGGCUCGGGAUUUCCGAGGCGUACUCAGAGUCACAGCGCUACAUGCUCAUCACAAGCACAUGCUUCGUUGCUGUCGCCUGGGGCUGUGCUUGGGUUUGGAGGGACAUCCGAGUCAAGGACCGAAAGCAAGUGCAGGGCUACGUGGUCUGA